GACUUUGUACUUCAGUGUAAUUUAAAUAGGAUUGUGGGCGUAAACAGCCAUAAUAAUUCAGCUUUUGCAAGGUUGAAGUUUAGGAUAGUUUUUAAUUUACUAACUGAAAGCUUUGUCUUUUCUUAUAAUUACUCAUAUUCAGAUUAUAAUUGUAUUAAAUAAGUAGCUUAUCGAUCAAAGACCACAUCACAAUAUCUAUAGCAAGAUGGCAACUUCUGUGGGCUCUGUUCAUAGCAGUUCUGAUUUAGUGAAGGACUAUGUUUGUUUCGCCUGCGAAGGUAAACAUUUAGAAGAAAGUGCUGAUUACUUUUGUGAAACGUGUAAGAAGUUUUUCUGCAGAAAAUGCAUUUAUCAACAUGACCAAUUUUAUACAAAUCAUUCCAAAUAUGGAAGAGAAGAGACAAAUAAAUGGCCUCUAACAAAGAAAAUUGAGGAUUUGCUACUGAAAUGUGAUGUCCACAAGGACAAGAACCUGGAGAUGUUUUGCGAGGACCACAGUCAGUUGUGUUGCACGCAUUGUGAUUUACUGAAUCACAGACAGUGUACAAAUGUCAAGCUAAUUUCUGAGUCAGUCAACAAGAUGUCGGUGGAUAUGCAACAGUUGUCAAGCGAUCUUCAAACUAUUCUUGAUGAACUAAAUAAGUUUAAGAGUUCUCAAGAUGAAAGCAUUAAGUCCGUUGAGGUAUCAUAUAGUGAAAAGCUGCAAGAAAUCAGAAACCAGCGAAAGAAAUUGAAUGCUGCUUUGGAUGCACUAGAAAAUACAACCUUGGCAGAACUCAAUGAACUUAGGACCACACUGCAAGCUGCUCUCAAGAAAGAUGUUGACAACUGCAACAGACUGAAGGAUGAACUGAAACAACUGAGGGAAACUGUACAGGGCCUUUGUGAUAAGAGCAAGAAAGAGCUUGAGUUCAUAGCCAGCAGAAUAUGUCUGGACAAAAUACAAGAGUCUGAGUCAUAUCUGAAGCAUAACUCCGUGAAGAUGCAGAGUUCAAUUAUAUUCGAGGCAAACAUUGAUAUUGAGAAGAACCUGUCCCAACAGGCAAAUCUAGGGAGAAUUGUAGAAAGUAUGCAGUCCCUCACACUCAAUAUGAAUCCAGACCAGGUCUUGACUGUGAAGAGCAAAUCUGAGUAUAGUGUGAGAAUAUCAAGUGACACAAAUCAGACCUUCGGGAUCAAAGACAUUUGCUGCCUGCCUAGUGGCCAGGUCAUUGUUAUUGAUGUUUAUACAAAAGUGAAACUGUUGGACCAGCAUUACAACGAGACCAGCCACUGUGAUGUUACUGGUAACUUAUAUAGUAUUUGCCAAAUCACAUCCAGUGAGGUGGCUGUUACUGUUGAUAGUGCUGUGCAGUUUAUCUCUGUGAGCAAUGGGCAACUGGUGAAUGGGGGGAAGUUUCAGUUACAGCAUGCAGCUUUCGGUAUUGGCCACCAUCAGGGAGCAUUGUAUAUCACCUCUGGCACUGCCCUGUACCACUACACCCUUACUGGAUCACUUGUGAAAAAGCUGUACGAGGAUGCAAGUGACUCUCAUACAGUGUACGGAUGUGCAGUGAGUCCUGCUGGGGACAGGAUCUAUGUCACCAACUUCACGCAACACAAACUCAUCACUUUGGCUACAGAUGGCACCCUGAUAUCCACCUUCACGGACCCUGAAUUGCAAAACCCAUGGGGUGUUCACGUUACGCCUUCUGGACAAGUACUGGUGUGUGGAUACAGCUCCCAUACUGUCAUACAGGUGGAUCGUGAGGGAAGUAAGAGACUGGCAACUCUGAUAUCAAACAAAGAUGGAGUGAUCAAUCCAAUAUCUGUCUACUACAACACCAACAAUCACCAGAUCCUUGUUGGGCUAUAUAGUAAUGAUAAAAUAAAAGUUUGGGAAUUACAAUAGCUCUUGACAUUAAAAAACACAUUGAUAUUUAAAUGCCUAUAAAUGUUAUUUUGUUUUUUUAAUCGCACGUGUUCUUAAUUCAUGUUUAUGUGUAGGUAAGAAAAUGCUUGUUAAUACAGUUUAUCUAUUGUGCUUAACAUAUAAUGAAACUUUUUUUAAAUGAGUUUCUGUAACUCUUUAAAGAUUGUACAAAACAAGCAUUUAUAACUAUCUUAAAUGUUGAUGCUGAUCAGUUCUUUAGUCUUGCUUCAUAUUAUGCCCCAAAAAAAUAUCUUUUUAUUGAUAUGCCUACCUUACCAAUGACAUUGUCCCUACUCAAAAUAUAUUUAUUUGGUGUAAAAAUGAAAUUGUUCUAUGUUCAGGAUUAUUUUUUAGCUCCACUGGCCAGAGGCCAGCGGGGCUUAUGUCAUGGUCCUGUGUCCGUCGUGUGUGAGUGCGUGCGUUAACUUUUUCUUAAAACAUCUUCUCCUAAGCUACUGGUCCAAUUCUGAUGAAAUUUCUUAGGAAUGUUCCUGUGGUGAACCUCUUUCAAAUUUGUUCAAAUGAUGCCCCUGGGGUCAAAUUUGACUUUGCCCCUGGGGGUCAAAAAAUUGAAAAUUUGCUUAUAUAAGGCCUAUUUUGUGCAAACUUUAUAAAUCUUCUUGUCAAGAACCAUUGGGCCUAGGGAUACCAAACUUGGUAUGUAGUGACAUCUUAUAGUCCUCUACCAAGUUUGUUCAAAUUAUGCCGCUGGGGUCAAAUUUUACCCUGCCCUGGGGGUCAAAAAAUUGAAAAUUUGCUUAUAUAAGGCCUUUUUUGUGCAAAUUUUAAAAAUCUUCUUGUCUAUAACCAUAUAGUGUAGGGCUACCAAAUUUGGUAUGUAGUGACAUCUUAUAGUCCUCUACCAAGUUUGUUCAAAUUAUGCCCCUGGGGUCAAAUUUGACUCUGCCCCGGGGGGUCAAAAAAUUGAAAAUUUGCUAUAUAAGGCCUAUUUUGUGCAAACUUUAAAAAUCUUCUUGUCCAUAACCAUUGGGCCUAGGGCUAUCAAAUUUGCUAUGUAGUGACAUCUUAUAGUUUUCUACCAAGUUUGUUCAAACUAUGCCCCUGGGGUCAAAUUUGAACCUGCCCCAGGGGGUUAAAAAAUUGGAAAUUUGCUUUUAUAAGGCCUAUUUUGUGCAAACUUUAAAAAUCUUCUUGUCCAUAACCAUUGGGCCUAGAGCUACCAAAUUUUCUAUGUAGUGACAUCUUAUAGUCCUCUACCAAGUUUGUUCAAAUUAUGACUCUGGGGUCAAAUUUGACCCUGCCCCGGGGGGGUUAAAAAAUUGAAAAUUUGCUUAUAUAAGGCCUAUUUUGUGCAAACUUUAAAAAUCUUUUUAACCAUAACCAUUGGGCCUAAGGCUACCAAAUUUGCUAUGUAGUGACAUCUUAUAGUCUUCUACCAAUUUUUUUCAAAUUAUGCCCCUGGGGUCACAUUUGACCCUGCCCCGGGGGGUCAAACAAUUAAACCUUUACUUAUAUAAGGCCUAUUUUGUAAAAAACUUUAAAAAUCUUCUUGUCCAUAACCAUUGGGCCAAGGGCUACCAAAUUUGGUAUGUAGUGACAUCUGAUUGUCCUCUACCAAGUUUGUUCAAAUUAAGGCCCUGGGGUCAAAUUUGACUCUGCCCCGGGGAGUCAAAAAAUCGAAAAUUUGCUUUUAUAAGUCCUAUUUUGUGCAAACUUUAAAAAUCUUCUUGUCCAUAACCGUAUGGCAUAGGGCUACCAAAUUUGGUAUGUAAUGCCAUCUUAUAGUCCUCUACCAAGUUUGUUCAAAUUAAGCCCCUGGGAUCAAAUUUGACCGUUCCCCAGGGGUCACAAAAUUGAACAUAUGCUUAUAUUGGGCCCAUUUUGUGCAAACUAUAAAAAAUCUUCUUGUCCAUAACCAUUGGGCCUAUUUCUAUCAAAUUUGGUAGGUAGUGACAUCUAAUAGUUCUCUACUAAGUUUUUUCAAAUUAUGCCCCUGGGAACAAAUUUGACCUUGCCCCAGGGGUCACAAAAAUGAACAUAUGCUUAAAUAAGGCCUUUUUUGUGCAAACUUCAAAAAUCUUCUUGUUCUUAAUUAUAGAGCCUAGGGCUACUAAAUUUGGUAUGUUGUGAUAUCUAAUAGUUCUCUACCAAAUUUGUUCAAAUUAUUCCCCAGGGCUCAAAUUUGACCCUGUCCUGGGAGGUCACAAAACUGAACAUAUGAUGUGUACCAGGGGAGAUUACUGCGGCCGUGUGGUUGUGACCAACAACAACAACAACAUCCUGUAAACAUUAGAUAAAACCCUGUCAUUUAGUGCCAUUUUAGAUCAGAUGGUGACUGCUUACAAAGGAAUUGAAGUAAGAACAUGUGUUCUGAAUGUUUUUCUUAUGAACUGAAAAAAGUCGGGAUUUAUUUAAAUAUGUCGAAAGUGACCAUAUAUCCGGAUAAAAAUUUUUUGGAUGACAUGUUUAUUUAAUGUCUUUUUUGUAGUGUUUAAACCAGUUUAAUAAUAUCUUUUUGAUUUUAAAAUACAACUUCCAUGAACAUAAUUAUUUCCAUAAAAGUCAAUAUAUGAUACUGCAUUGUAAACUCAAACUUUGUAUCCAAGAGAAGGUGUUGGAAUUAAUGAAGUGCAAUGUUCUUAACUAUCGUAUAUGCUGCUUUUUUGUAACUAAUGAUUCAUUGUUCCAUUUGUGAAUUGUGACUCAUGAAUUGUGGAGAUAUGAUUGUCAAUUGCUCAACGAUCCAUAUAAAUUUCUGAUCAUUUUAUAAUUUUCUUAAUAUAAGUUAUGAAUUGAUCUUAGAAGUCAUAUGUAUUUCUUAAUUAAAUACAUUUAUAAAUAUAAGAAAUAAUCUUUAGAUUAUCAUAAUAUUCUCAGGCCUGUUGGUCUAAGGGAUGUGUGGGUUGUUAAUUAUAUGUAUGCCCCUCUUCGAAGAAGAGGGUGUUUAUUGUUUUGCACAUGUCGGUCCGUCCGUCAUCCGUAUGUCCGUUCACCAGAUAGUUUCUGGAUGAUAACUCAAGAACGCUUAGGCCUAGGAUCAUGACACUUCAAAGGUACAUUGAUCAUGACUCGCAGAUGACCCCUGCUGAUUUUGAAGUCACUAGGUCAAUGGUCAAGGUCACGGUGACUGGAAAUAGUAAAAUGUUUUCCGGAUGAUAACUCAAGAACACUUAUGCCUAUGAUCAUGAAACUUCAUAGGUACAUUGAUCAUGACUCGCAGAUGACCCCUAUUGAUUUUCAGGUCACUAGGUCAAAUGUCAAGGUCACGGUGACCGGAAAUAGUAAAAUGGUUUCCGGAUGAUAACUCAAGAACGUUUUAUGCUUAGGAUCAUGAAACUUUAUAGUUGCAUUGAUCAUGAUUCGCAGAUGACCCUAUUGAUUCUCAGGUGAAAGGUCAAGGUCACUGUGACCCGAAAUAGUAAAAUGUUAACUCAAGAACGCUUAUUCCUAGGAUCAUGAAACUUCAUAGGUACAUGGAUCAUGACUCGCAGAUUUCCCCUAUUGAUUUUCAGUCACUAGAUCAAAGGUCACGGUGACUCAACUUAGAAAAAUGGUUUCCGGAUUAUAACUCAAGAACACUUAUCAUGACUCGCAGAUGACCCCUAUUGACUUUCAGGUCACUAGGACAAAGGUCAAGGUCACGGUGACUUCACACAGUAAAAUGGUUUCCGGAUGAUAACUAAAGAAAGCUUACGCCUAGGAUCAUGAAACUUCAUAGGUACAUUAAUCAUGACUCACAGAUGGACCCCUAUUGAUUUUCAGGUCACUAGGUCAAAGGUCAAGGUCACAGUGCCAAAAAACGUAUUCACUCAAUGGCUGCCACUACAACUGACAGCCCAUAUGGGGGGGGGCAUGGAUGUUUUACAAACAGCCCUUGUUUGAGAUGAUUCUUUACAAAGAAAGAUGCUACUAUUGUAUUUGUUAUAAAUGUGUGAAAGGCUCUAAGAAGGAACCAGAGAUUAUCAACCCUUUACCAAACACCAACAGGAUUUUACGGGUUUAUAGCUGACGACUUUAUAAAUAAUUAUGAUAAAAUGAGAAAUUGCUCAAGAUGAGCAAUUUCUCCUUUUAUCACAAUUAUUUCUACCCUACCUGAUUAUUUCCUUAAUAUUCCAUUACAAUUAAAUUGUCGUCUGCAACCUUUUUCAAAUUGGGAAAGUCCAAAAUGUGUCGUUUGGUAAAGGGCUAAGGCAUUUUGAUUCCUACGGGUCUUGUGAAUCUGUUUCAAAUCAAAUGCGUAUAUUUGAUCUUCAGCAUCUAAAAAUAUGUGAAAUAGAAAGAAUGACAAUAUCUUUUGGAGAGAUAAAUGUGCCUACGUUAUAAGCAAUGGGACUGUGCUUCAAAGGAACAAUUCCCGGGCUUUUUAGUCUGUUUAGUUAACACGGUAGUAACUUUUUCCAUAUAUAAAAAUGCUCACCCUUCCAACUUUAAGCGCCCAGUGGGACGAGGGAUAGACAGAGAAAGUCACAUGCUUGAGUACGUUUCAACCCAUGCGCAUUGCGCGUUUUUUUCGCAUAAAAAAACAGUGGAGCGAUACAGGGCCAUCAUGGCCCUCUUGUUUUCAUUUACCUUAGAGUUAUUAUACCACCAUUACUGGUAAUGGGGGCUAUAUAGGAGUCACUUUGUCGGUCUGUCUGUCCCGAAAAUUUCAUCCGAUCUUCACCAAACUUGGACAGAAGUUCUAUCGAGAUGUUGUCAAGGUCAAGUUUUAAUAUGGGUCAUGCUGGGUCAAAAACUAGGUCACAGGGUCACUUAGUGUGUUUUAAACCCAAAGUUUGUCCAGCCCAUAACUAUGGCAUUUAUCGUUAGAUUUUAAAAUGACUUGGUGAAAGAAUUACGUUGAGAUCUCCAAGGUCGCACUUGGAGUUCAAAGGUAAAAUGCUUGUCCGGGCCAUAACAUUGUCGUUUAUAGUGAGAUUUUAAAAUCAUUUGGCACAUUUGUUCACCAUCAUUGAACGGUGUGUCCCGUGAAAGAAUUACGUCGAUAUCUCCAAGGUCAAGGUUACACUUUGAGUUCAAAGCUCAAAAGUGGCCCUAAAUUAGCUUGUCCCGGCCAUAACUAUGUUGUUCAUUGUGAGAUUUUUAAAUCAUUUGGUACAUUUGUUCACCAUCAUUGGAGGGUGUGUCGUGUGAAAGAAUUACGUCGAUAUCUCCAAGGUCAAGGUCACACUUUGAGUUCAAAGGUAAAAAAUGGCCAUAAAUUAGCUUGUCCUGGCCAUAACUAUGUCAUUCAUUGUGAGAUUUUAAAAUAAUUUGGCACAUUUGUUCACCAUGAUUGGACGGUGUGUUGCGCGAAAGAAUUAUGUUGAUAUCUCCAAGGUCAAGGUCACACUUUGAGUCCAAAUCUUCAAAAUGGCCAUACAUGAGCUUGUCCGGGCCAUAACUAUGUCGUUCAUUGUGAGAUUUUCAAAUCAUUUGGCACAUUUGUUCACCAUCAUUGGAUGGUGUGUCGCGCAAUAAAAAUUACGCUGAUUUCUCCAAGGUCAAGGCCACACUUUGAGUUCAAAGGUAAAAAAUGGCCAUAAAUGAGCUUCGCGAAAGAAUUACGUGGAUAUCUCCAAGGUGAAGGCCACACUUUGAGUUCAAAGGUAAAAAAUGGCCAUAAAUGAGCUUAUCUGGGCCAUAACUAUGUCGUUCAUUGUGAGAUUUUAAAAUCAAUUGGCACAUUUGUUGACCAUCAUUGGACGGUGUGUCUCGCGAAAGAAUUACGUUGAUAUCUCCAAGGUCAAGGUCACACUUUGAUUUCAAAGGUCAAAAAAGGCCAUAAAUAAGCUUGUCCUGGCCAUAACUAUGUCAUUCAUUUUGAGAUUAUUAAAUCAUUUGUCACAUUUGUUUACCAUCAUUGGACGUUGAGUCGCGCGAAAGUAUUACAUCGAUUUCUCCAAGGUCAACGUCACACUUUGAGUUUAAAGGUAAAAAAUGACCAUAAAUGAGCUUGUCAUGGCAAUAACUAUGUCGUUCAUUGUGAGAUUUUAAAAUCAUUUGGCACAUUUGUUCACCAUCAUUGGACGGUGUGUCGCGCGAAAGAAUUACACCAAUAUGACCAAGCUCAAGGUCACACUGAGUUUAAAGGUCAAAAAUGGCCAUAAAUUAGCUUGUCCGGGCCAUAACUAUGUCGUUGAUUGUGAGAUCUAAAAAACAUUUGUUCAACAUCAUUGGACAGUGUGUCACACGAAAGAAUUAUGUCGAUAUUUCCAAGGUCAAGGUCAUAUUUUUAGUUCAAAGGUCAAAAAUGGCCAUAAAAGAUCUUGUCCAGGCCAUAACAAUGUCAUUCAUUGUGAGAUUUUAAAAUGACUGUGCAUUUUUUUUUCACAGUCAUUAGAUGGGGUGUCAUGCGAAAGAACUCAAGAGUUAGAAGGUCAAAAUGGCCAUAAAUGAUAAUGGCAUAAUAAUUCUUAAAAAUCGCCAUAUUAAAAUUAGCUUCUCUUGUUUUGUAAAGACAGCAUGCAAAAUAGUCUGUGUUAAUGCAGCAUGUGGGGGUAUACAUCACGUCUGUGACAAAGCUCUAGUUUAAUUAUCUGUAUUGAUGGACACCUGCUAAUAAUUGUUAUCAGUGUUUUUAUAUGGCUAUUUCGGGGCCGAUAUUCGGCCCCAUUCCCCUCAAAAAAGAGUAUAUAUUUUUUCCCCAUUUUGUAAAAAUAAUCCCCUGUAGAAGUUAAAAAAAAAAUAUAAUUUUUUUUUUUUUUUUUUUAGAAAGAACUGUCCCAUAAUCAUGAUAAAUAUAUCUCAAAUUUAUUUCAUAAACAACUAACAAAGUAUAUAACUAUAAUUUAUAUUAUUUUGAAUUCUUUUAAAGAGUUGUAUUAAAUAGUUUUUCCCAAAUCAGUGGACUUUUCACAUUAAUUGCAUUUUUCUCCCAAAAUGGCCAAGAAAAGGCCUGAUGUAUCUAUUUUGUGUCAAUAUUGGUUGAUAAAAUCAUUCCAAUUUGGUCCAUUUUAUUGAUAAAAAAUGAUCAAAUUUGCCAUUUUAUCGAUUUAAAAGAUCCCAAAUAGACUCAAAAUGGCUAAGAAAACUGAGACUGUGCAUGAAGGCUGAAAUGUCUGAAACUAAUGUUGAAAAUAUCAUUGAUAUAUAUAUUUUAAUUUUAAGAAAAAGGACAAAGACAUUCAGCUGUGAAUAUUAUAUUCAUACAAACAUGUGUAUCAAUAUAAUAAAUAUCAUUACAUAUAAACAAGUGAAUUUUUAAUUUUCCCCUUUUCCUAAAAAACGACGCAUUUUUUCCCUUUUGGACGGGCCCCGCCACCAUUCCCCUAUAAGUGAAAAAAAAACACUGGUUAUAUAGAAAUGAAACUGCCUUGUGUGUCAUAGUCUAUCCUUUCAAAGUUUGCAAAAUUGAACAUGAAGUUUUGUUUGCAUGAAAAAAGAUCUAGCAAUUGCUAUCUUUUAAGUGUUGCCUCAGUUGUUAUGUUAAAAACAAAAGUGUUUUUUACCAAACAAAUGAUAACAUAUUUAACAUAAAUAUGCUGUAAUAAAGGUACAUGUAUUAUGUUUAGUAAUUUUAUUGAUGUAUUGAUAUUUGAUUAUAUAUUGAUUUUAUAUGUUCUGAUAAAAAGAUGCUUCAUAA